AUGCCAACUGAAAGAUCUCGAAGGUCCUAUGCUGAUACUGCUUCAAGCUCUAGGAGGAAUCGUUCCCGAUCACCUCAUUUGGUUGAACGUCGUAGAGACGAUUCUUAUCAUAGACAUAGAUAUGGAAGAGAAUAUGAUAGAGAAAGUCGAAAGAAUGAAUAUAGUGAACCUCCACGUCGGAGCUCGCCAAGUCAUGACAAGCCACGAUAUGAAGUUCGGAACAGUGCUAAUGAUUCAAAAAAUCAAAUCUCCGAUAAAAUAACGAACAAUAAAGAUCCAACUAAGGAUUUGAACGGGACGGCAAAACCAAAAGUUCCGAUAUCUUUGGAAGAAUUAUUGCAGAAAAGAGAAUCCGAGAAACAAGUUAAUGAGAGGCCUAAAUUCUUAUCAAAAGAAGAACGGGCAAAAAUAGCAUUAGAAAAACGGCAAAAAGAGGUUGAAGAACAACGUCGUAAACAAGAAGAAGAAAGGCGACAACAAGAAGAAUUUCAAAGACGUGCAAUGGAAGAAGCUCGUCAAAAUGAAGGCUAUGGUCGAGAUCGACGAGAUUAUUAUGAUCGAUAUGAUCGCGAUAGAUAUGACCGUUAUGAUCGUGAAAGACCAAGAGGUAAAGAGAGAGAAAUUGAAAAACGCCCUACCGAUAAAUCGGAUAAAUCAGAUGUUAACUCGGAAGCAGAAAAAUUAGAUGAUAAGGAAUUACAAGCUAUUAGGGAACGAUAUAUGGGAGGUGAACGUAAAAAACGUAAAAUACGUAAAAUGAAUGAAAAGAAAUUUGUUUUUGAUUGGGAUGCUGGAGAAGACACCUCUCAAGAUUUUAAUCCGCUGUAUGCAAAUAAGCAUAAUGCCCAAAUGUUUGGUCGUGGACAUUUCGCUGGUAUCGAUAUCAAAGAACAAAAGCGAGAUCAAAGAAUGGAAAUCGAUAGACGUAAAGAGUUGAAAACAAUGUGGGACGACCGUCACUGGUCGGAAAAACCAUUAACCGAGAUGAAGGAAAGAGACUGGCGUAUCUUUAAGGAAGAUUUCAAUAUUACCACCAAAGGUGGUAGUAUUCCAAAUCCCAUACGAUCCUGGGUCGAAUCUGGUUUAUCAGAACGUAUACUUAACCUUAUUGAAAGUAUCGGGUAUAAAGAACCUACACCUAUCCAACGACAAGCUAUACCUAUUGGUUUGCAAAAUAGAGAUAUUAUUGGAAUUGCUGAAACGGGUAGUGGUAAGACUGCUUCAUUCGUAAUACCAAUGCUUGUAUAUAUAUCCGACCUUCCGAGAUUAUCAGAAGAAAAUAUGUCAGAUGGACCUUAUGCUUUGAUUUUGGCACCUACUCGUGAAUUAGCGCAACAAAUUGAACAAGAAACAUUAAAAUUUGCUGCUCCUAUGGGUUUCAAUUGUGUUUCUAUUGUUGGUGGGCACGCAGUAGAAGAACAAGCAUUUAACUUGAGAAAUGGUGCCGAAAUUAUUAUCGCGACUCCUGGGCGUUUGAAAGAUUGUUUGGACCGAAGAAUAUUGGUUCUCAAUCAAUGUACCUAUGUAGUCAUGGAUGAAGCUGACCGUAUGAUCGAUAUGGGUUUCGAAACAGAUGUCAAUGUAAUUUUAGAUGCAUUACCCGUAUCUAAUGUUAAACCAGACACAGAAGAGGCUGAAAAUCCUGCCGAAAUGCUUAAGAAAAUUGGCCAAAAAGAACGUUAUAGACAAACUGUGAUGUUUUCAGCUACUAUGCCUCCUGCUGUAGAACGUUUAGCUAAAAGAUAUUUGAGACGACCUGCAGUUGUUACAAUAGGAACAGCUGGUCAAGCCGUAGAUACUGUUGAACAAAGGGUAGAAAUGAUAAAUGAUGAAGGAAGAAAGAAAGCAAGACUUCUAGAGCUUCUUCAAGGAUCGUUUGACCCACCUAUCAUCAUAUUUGUUAAUCAAAAGAAAGGAUGUGAUGUUCUUGCUAGAGCAUUAAACAAGCUUGGGUACCGUGCAACGACACUACACGGUGGUAAAACUCAGGAACAAAGAGAAAGCGCAUUGGCACAUCUCAAAAAUGGAACAAUGGAUAUAUUAGUGGCCACUGAUGUAGCUGGCCGUGGUAUAGAUGUAAAGAAUGUUUCGUUGGUUAUCAAUUAUGAUAUGGCCAAGAAUAUUGAAGAUUAUACACAUCGUAUUGGUCGUACAGGGCGUGCUGGACAAUCCGGUGUCUCGAUUACAUUCAUGUCUAACGCGGAUGCAGAUGUCAUGUAUGACCUUAAACAAAUGAUCAUGAAAUCGCCUAUAUCUCGUGUACCUGCCGAAUUAGCAUCCCAUCCUUCAGCUAUGGCCAAACCUGGUGCUUAUAUAGCAAAACGAAAACACGAAGAAACUAUUUUUCAAUAA